UCCUCCGCAGUUUGCUGUUUGUUGGGUCUCAGACACACAUAGAGUGUUGGAGAGAGCUGCAAGUCUGUGCUUUCCCCCCGUCUGAGCAAAAUAAGAUUUAUUGUAUAUAUUGCGAAGAAUCUACCUUGAUUAUUUCCCUUCUGCAUCGUUUGCCUUAUCUGGAGAGCAUUUCCAUCAUUCAUCACUCUGUACCACCUACAAAUCCGGGCUGAUGUGCUGUUUGAGAGGUUGGAAAUGGAAGUGUUGAUGCUCUGCUUUCUCCCCUGGAUAUUUCAGUGUUUCUCAGCACGGGCGGACUCCAUCAUCCACAUUGGUGCAAUAUUUGAAGAAAAUGCAGCGAAGGACAAUGAAGUGUUUCAGCUGGCUGUGUCAGAUCUGAAUCUCAAUGACGAUAUAUUACAAAGUGAAAAAAUUGGGCACACCAUCAAGAUUAUAGAGCCUAACAAUCCUUUCCAGGCUGUCCAGGAAGCUUGUGACUUGAUGACACAGGGGAUUCUAGCCUUAGUGACUUCUACUGGUUGUGCCUCAGCAAAUGCACUUCAGUCGCUGACAAAUGCCAUGCACAUCCCACAUAUAUUCAUACAACGCAACACAGCUGUCUCACCACGAACAGUCUGUCACUUUAACCCUAGCGUGGAUGGAGAGGAAUACACUUUGGCUGCUAGACCAUCAGUACGCCUCAAUGAUGUGAUGUUGAAACUAGUCACUGAACUUCGAUGGCAAAAAUUUAUUGUGUUUUAUGACAGCUAUUAUGAUAUCCGGGGAUUGCAGGGAUUUCUAGACCAGGCAUCAAGAUUAGGGCUCGAUGUGUCAUUGCAGAAAGUGGACAGAAAUAUCAGCAGAGUGUUCGCCAGCCUUUUUACCUCCAUGAAAACAGAAGAGCUGAACCGGUACAGAGAUACUUUACGCAGGGCAAUUUUGCUUCUAAGUCCGAGAGGGGCACAAAAUUUCAUCAAUGAGGCAGUGGAAACAAAUCUUGCUUCAAAGGAUAGCCACUGGGUUUAUGUAAAUGAGGAAAUCAAUGAUGCUGAAAUAGUGGAGCUGGUACACAGUGCUCUUGGAAGGAUUACAGUUAUAAGACAAAUCUUUCCUUCACUAAAAGACAGUAAUAUCAGAUGUGUGAGUAACAACCAUCGAGUGGCUUCACUUCCUUGUGACCCCCAAGAAGGUUAUCUGCAAAUGCUACAGGUGUCCAACCUAUACCUUUAUGACAGUGUAAUGAUGUUGGCAAAUGCUUUCCAUAGAAAAUUAGAAGACAGAAAGUGGCACAGUAUGGCAAGCUUGAAUUGCAUGAGAAAAUCAACAAAACCCUGGAAUGGUGGAAGAUCAAUGUUGGAUACUAUAAAAAAGGGUCGCAUAACAGGAUUAACUGGGAUUAUGGAGUUCAGGGAGGAUGGCUCCAAUCCUCAUGUACAGUUUGAAAUUCUUGGAACCAGUUACAGCGAGACAUUUGGCAAAGAUGUGCGGCGGCUUGCAACCUGGGAUUCCUUAAGAGGCCUUAAUGGAAGCUUGCAAGAGAAGCGACUUGACAAUGACCUGCAAGGAUUAACGUUGAAAGUAGUGACUAUCUUGGAAGAACCUUUUGUGAUGGUUGCGGAAAACAUACUGGGACAGCCUAAGAAAUAUAAAGGUUUUUCUAUUGAUGUUUUGGAUGCCUUAUCUCAGAACCUUGGCUUUAAGUAUGAAAUUUACCAGGUCCCUGAUGGAAAAUAUGGGCACCCACUUGCCAAUGGUUCAUGGAAUGGUAUGAUUGGAGAACUUAUAAAUAAGAGGGCAGAUAUUGCUGUGUCGGCAAUCACCAUUACACCAGAACGAGAAAGCGUUGUGGAUUUCAGCAAGCGUUACUUGGACUAUUCAGUAGGAAUUCUCAUCAAGAAACCAGAAGAAAGAAUAAACAUUUUCUCCCUCUUUGCUCCCUUUGACUUUGCCGUCUGGGCCUGCAUUGCAGCAGUUAUACCAGUGGUUGGGGUGCUGAUAUUUGUUUUGAAUCGUAUCCAGGCAGUGAGAGCGCAGACUUCAUCCCAAGCCAGUCCAUCUACCUCUUCUACUCUGCAUAGCGCCAUAUGGAUUGUGUAUGGGGCAUUUGUUCAACAAGGUGGUGAAUCUAUUGCAAAUUCAGUGGCCAUGCGAAUCGUGAUGGGGAGCUGGUGGCUGUUUACCCUUAUUGUAUGCUCCUCUUACACAGCAAACCUGGCAGCUUGCUUAACUGUGUCAAGAAUGGACAACCCCAUAAGGACAUUUCAAGACUUGGCCAAGCAAAUGGAUUUAUCAUAUGGUACAGUUAAGGAUUCAGCUGUAUAUGAAUAUUUUAAAGCAAAAGGAACAAACACCAUGGAACAAGAUAGCACAUUUGCAGAGCUGUGGAGGACUAUUAGCAAAAACAAUGGUGCUGAUAACAGUGUUUCCAGCCCUUCUGAAGGCAUUAGGAAGGCAAAGAAAGGAAACUAUGCAUUCUUAUGGGAUGUGACAGUAGUAGAGUAUGCAGCCCUCACAGAUGAUGAAUGCUCAGUGACUGUCAUCGGAAACAGCAUUAGUAGCAAAGGCUAUGGGAUAGCUCUCCAACAUGGCAGUCCGUAUAGAGAUAUUUUCUCCCAGAGAAUUCUUGAAUUUCAAGACACUGGUUAUUUAGAUGUUCUUAAACAAAAGUGGUGGCCACGGAUGGGACGAUGUGACUUAAACAGUCAUAAUAAUGCACAAACGGAUGGAAAAGCACUAAAGCUGCACAGUUUUGCUGGAGUCUUCUGCAUUCUAGCAAUAGGAUUACUUCUUGCUUGCCUGGUAGCUGCACUGGAAUUGUGGUGGAACAGCAAUCGUUGUCGGCAGGAGUCACCAAAAGAGGAUAAAGAAGUUAAUUUGGAACAAGUACACAGACGUAUGAACAGCUUAAUUGAUGAAGAUAUGGCCCACAAGCAAAUCUCUACUGCAUCAAUUGAAAUAUCAGCAUUGGAGAUUGGUGGAAUGCAAUCUAGUCAAACGCUGGAGCCAGUACGAGAAUACCAGAACACUCAGCUUUCAGUCACCACAUUUUUACCUGAACAAUCUGGUCACGGUGGUGUUAGGACACUUACCUCUGUAUCCGGCAGUAACUUACCAUUGCCCCUCAGCUGCUCAGCUACCAUGCCCUCUAUACAGUGCAAACACAGAUCACCAAAUGGAGGACUAUUUCGUCAAAGUCCAGUGAAAACACCCAUGCCAAUGUCAUUCCAAUCCAUGCCAGGGGGACCCAUUCCAGAAGCCAUUGAGCCUUCUCAUGGAACAUCUAUAUAGUUUAAAAAAAAUGCAGAGAUUUUUAAUACAACUAAAAAAACACAAAAAAAACUCUUACAUUUUUCUUGUAUAUAUCUGUAAAUAACAAAAGAAUGAAGUGGGGUAAAAGUGUAUUUUGAAUAUUCCCAUUUUUUGAAGUCAGUAAAACAAAAAAAAUGUAUGAAUGGCUUUGUAAAUUUUGUUCUUUAUGAAUAAAACAGCAACAUACUUGUGACCCUUCUCAAGUGCCAAAGAAGACCUGUGACUGGGACAGAAGGCCAUCAGUCCUUCAACACAUGUUUUAUUUUCAGUUGGGUUCAUUAUUGCAUAGACUAUCACAUAUUACAAACAACUAUCUAGUGACAGUCACUGCGUGGCAUUUCAUUUUAAUAAUGGCUGAAAAAAGGUUUCCAGACCAGCAUUAGUGUAUGUUUUAAAACAAAAUAGAAAGUGUAAGUUAAAUUACAGCUGAAAUGUUUCCUUCUAACAAGCAUUUGGGAUUGAAUCUCCACAAUAAUUUAUAGGCUAAAGAACUGGUUUAUUAAAUUGUAUUUUAUGUGUUCUGUGCUCUGUGGCCUUUUGAUUUAACCUUUACAAUUGGCAGGAUCUAUGAUAUCUUUCGUGGGAAAUGGAGAGGUUAGAGGUGAGAAGAAAAAUCUGUUCACUGAAACCUGUAAUCAUCUUUUUGUGGCACGUACAAUGAAAGGUUGGUUGGUACCAAUGAUUUAUAAAUGGGAAAAGAAAAAGUUUGUUGAAAGAAAACAUAGUCUGUGUUCUGAGCUUUAAAGUGUGUUCCAAACCACUAAGCAAAACUUUCUUAACAUAUACAGUAAGUUAUAGUAUCAGUUUUCAUUACCCCUAUUCUGGCUUUAACCAUUAUGUACUGUAAUUAAAAACAAGCUAACACAUAUGCUAAAAAAAACCUGAAAGAAAUAUUAGCUUAAAUAGGAUUUUGAGUGGUUUGUUUUUAUUUGUAGAUUUUACAUUUUUGUUACACUUGAUUUUGGAUCUGUUUGCCUGUAGAGGAAUUUUUCAUAACAUGAUCAUUGGGAUGUGCUGGUAAUACAGUUUGAAGUAUUGAGUUGUAAAACCCAGCACUUUUGAGCAAGUUUAUGCAUAAUAUUUAAAAGGGUAAUGCUUUUGCAAGCAGUUUGUUACUCUUUAAAAAGCAUUGCUCUUUUCAAUAUUGUCCAUAAACACACUCAGAAGUGUCGGGUUUUACAACCUGAUGUUCAUAAAUAAACCCUAUAAACUGAAGUCAAAUUUAUUAAAACAAAGAUAAAGCAGUAUUCUGACAUUUUAAGCAGAAAACACUACUAGAGAUUACUAUAUUUUCAUUAAAUGAAAAUUAUCAAUGUAAUUCUAGUUUGGCUAUUUUUUUGGUAAUAGAAAUAUUUCAAUUAUAUGUGUUGAAUUUGGUUAUGAAAUUUUUGUGAGUUAAGUUGCUGUCUGCUGUGAACCUCUUGCAAGGAAAUGGUGACACAUUAAGAGGGCAAAGUCCAAAAUUAUAUAUUUACGGUAUAACCAUGAUUUAAAGGGUAUUAUUCUUAUUCUACAUUCUCUUCUACAUUUACUAAAACCACUUUAUUCUGUGCAUUUUACCCUAACAUUGUUCAGAAUUGUUAAUUUCUCAUUAAUACAACAUUACACAACCAGGGCUGUAGAUUACCCAGGCCCCGGUAAAGUUGGUAGGUGUGCCAAUAAAGUUGGUUGGCCUGUCAGUGGGUUGGUGUGUCCUAUUCACGAGUUGUGGCCACACACUCUUUGAAUAAAAACAAUUAAAUAAGUAGUGUUUAUAUGCCAUGGAGCAGAAACAACCUACUCAGGGGGUGCACCAUCUACCCCUCAGCGAGGGGAAGACCCAGUUAGGGUGUGAUCAAUGCAAUGACUACGCCAAUGCAGGCAGAGGAGGCUGCUGUACUCAGUAGCAACAGCCUCCCUGGACCCUCCACAGACCAAUACACAGUAGCAUAUGCUGGACGGUAUCCAGUCAAUAGGCCAAUAGUCAAAAUGUCAACAGUCAAUAGAUCAAUCACUAAUGGUCGACAUUCAUUAGUUUGACAUGGUCAAAAGGUCUACAUGGUCAAAAGGUUAACAUGUAAAAGGUAGACAGUACAAAAAUUGCCCUGAAAGAGGGGAUGCUGUACACUUAUGGGGCUUUUUUUGUUGCAAAAAAGUGACAAAACACCCCCAAAAAAUUGUGUUGACCUUUCGCAUGUUAAUAUUUAACUUUGUUGACUUUUUAACCCUGUCAACCUUUUGCAUGCCAACCUUUUGGGGUCAGUCUAUUAAUUGUAGGCCUUUUUAGUGUAGAUCUAAUGAUCCACACCUGUGCUGGGCUGGGGAGAGAGGCUGCAGCUGGCUGACAGGUAAGAAUGAGGGGUGGAGGGAGGUGCAUGGACCUGGUCCUCCGCCGUGCUCAGAUCCAAGUAAUUAGUACCUGUCCUCUCUCUUGGCACCACUGUAUACAAUAUAAAUAUGCUCUCUGGAUAAAAAAAAUUUCCGUUGCUGUAAUCCACAAUGAUAUAAAAAAAACUCUUCUGCCUAUUAAUCUAAUACAUUGAUAAAAAGCACAAAGGAAGCCAGAUAUCAUAGUAGUAAUUCUUGCUGGAGAGAAUAUAUAAGCAAGUGUAGUUAAACUACCCAAGUAUCUAAAGCCACUUUAGAGUUCAGUAUUCUGUAUAAUGAGCCUUUUUGUUCCACAGCUGCCAAGAACACUAGUGCUUCUGGUUAAUUACCCCUAUAGAGACUCAUGGUAUAUCACUGUAUCUCUUAAUGUGAACUGUAAGGAGAUUAGAAAUCACAGAUAAGUUCCAUCACCAGGUAUUUAACAGUAGAUAGGAAAUUAUUGCUUAAUAUUGCAUUAGUAUUUAUUUAGAAUGUUCAAAAAAUAACAAUUUCAGAUAUGUAAAAUUAUGCUUUGGUAUACUGUACUCAGUGUUUUUUCUAAUUGAUGUCUAUCUUUUUCUAAUUGAUGUCUAAGACCAUAUCAUGGUCUUAAUUAGGACAUGUGGGGUUGGGGCAUAUGUGUCAGAAUGGGGGGGGGGGCAGCUCACCCCCAAAACAUGAGAGGCACCACCACCUAUGUGCAGGAAGAGCGAUGUGCGCUCAGUUUAAAGGCAAAGCACAACCUCUUUCUAAUGUAGGGACUCAGGCUUAGCAGUGGUAGCAACUCCCCCAGCACCAGAGCACUGCAUUAAUUCAUGGUCAUUUAGGGGGCAUGGACAAAUGCUGGGAAGCCUAACCCCAAGUAGAGAACUGUAGAUGUGCUGUUCAGGUAUUGUCUCUCUCUCCCUGGCACUGUGUAUUUCUCUCUUACUACCUUACACAUUUUUCUCUCUCUCUCUAUGUAUCUCUGUACUUCUUUCCCUGACACUCUCUCUUGCUCCCCUAUCUGCAUUUCUCUCUCCCUCCCUCUGACAGGGUUGGGAUUCACUUGCCAGUGGCUGGGAUGCCGGUGGUCAGAAUACUGACUGUGGCAUUCCGAUAGUUAGAAUCCUGAUGAAUUCUGCAGCCUAAACCUACCCCCCUCUGCAGCCUUACCACCCUUUCCUGGCAGCUUAACCCUAAUCUUCCCUGGGGGUUGCUAAACCAAACCCUAACCCUCCCUGGGGGUGGCUAAACCAACCCCACUCCACACAGUGUAUUGACAGGAGAAGGGGGUUAUGUGUGGGUGCAGGGGUUGAUGUGUGUGUGGGGGGGUUGCACAGUGAUAUAUCCUCCGCACCGUGUUGCUGCCCCAUUUUUCAUAUCAUGGUAGUACUGCCUCCUCUUUCCCAGUGGCUCUGCCCCCAGGGGAACUAAAAUGAAGAUCUUUCUUGCCCCUCAACCUAUAAAUGUUCUGAUGCCCCUGGGUGGUGGUGAGGGUCUGACCAUGCCCUUUGUGUAUAUAUAGUACCUGACCUGCUAGCAUACCAUUUGAUGAAAUAUGGUUGCAACACCUUAGGGGCCUGUUAGUGUCACCAUGGCAAUACUGAGCACCCAGACACACUUGAAUUCCCCACCUCCAUCUCGAUGUCCCUGAAUGCACUGCAGAUACCACCUAGAGGUACUGUACUACAGCCAAUCAUCUCUCACCUUGCCUUUGUUGUGCAGUCUUACUAGCAUUUAAUGUCUUUGAGUACAAAGGGUUAAGUUUCAGAGCAACAGAUCCACCUCAACCUAACUAAAUGUCAGGUCUGAAUUUUUUUUUCACGGUCAGUAACAUGAAUUUGCAUAUGGCUUUUAAACAUACACUAUAUUUUUUUCAUAAAUUCAUUAAUUCAUUGACUGUGCAGGGUCCUGCUUAUUGUGGAAAAAUAUACAGCCACGUGCAUUGAGCAGUUCAAAGUUUUCAUGUAAACUAGUGUAAUACAUUUUACAAUGAUAAUUCAGACACCAUCAUUGGCAAGUUACACAUGCUUAAUACUGUAUAUGUAAAUAUUAGAUUGAUCUAUUUUUGGAUAGAUAAUAAACUAUCUUCUGAAAUGGUUUUUAGAUAAAAAAGUGUACUUUUGCUCUCAGUCUGAAAUAGAGAUUUCUUUUAAAUCCUGUUUUAAACAGGUAAUUGAGUGGUUACUUAAAGCAUAUGUAUCCAAUUAUAAAAUGACACAGUGGUUUGUGAAACCAAUGGUUAUGUUAUAUUUGAGGGAUACAUCUUUAUUCAGGUAAAUCUAUAGUAAUUUCAGGUAUUCAGCAAUUUGGCAUGAGUGAUACAAAAUAAACAGUGUUAACACUUGAAUGUAUUCUACAAGAGUUCUAAUGAUGAAUUGUUCUGUUUUUAGAUAAUCUGUUCUGAUACAGUACGUUGUAAAUCAUAAAGCCACAUUUUUUCAAGCAAGCAUUUUUUUUUCUUUAUAUCUUAUUCAUACUGAAACACAAGAAAUUAAUUUUCUUUACCUUGUGUUUUUACUUGAAAUUGAACUUACCGCCAAAAUGCACACAUAAAUUUGGGCUUACUUUAGCUUAAUGUGAGCUGAGCAAUGCUGUAAAACAUCAAAACUCACAUGAAAUUCAUAGUUAAAAUGUUGAAAAGAAUCGGUCAAAAAACUGACUACCUCCUUAUUUGGGAGGAAUAAUAUAGGUAGACCCAAACAAUUUAAAAUGUGCUAACUGUUUCAGUUUUAUAACCUAGACAGAAACUUUAUUAUACACUGCAAUUUCACAAUAGUAGCUCUGCUAUGCAAAGGUACAUAAUUAGCACAAUGUUGGUAUAUCACAUCCACUGCACAUUACUAGUAAAGAAGUGGAAGUUGCAGAGUGUGUAGGUUAAAAGAAGAUAAAUGUAUGAUAACAAUGUUCAAUAUUUGAAGAAAAAAAGCAUGGUUGCUGUAUAAUAAAAAUGUCUCAAUUUGAUAAAUAUUCUUUUUUUAUUGCAUAACUGACAUAAUGUUGCAUUUUAUUUUACAUUUUGUUUUACAUUUUGUUAGUUAAUUGAGCCCCCUAGUAUACAACAAAUCACAAUUUGUAGAGCAGGUAAAUGUAUUCCAAAAUAUGUCUAUAUUAACAAUGUUAGAAAUAUUAUCUAAUACAUUAUUAAAUAAAUAUUUUUGCAGAUGUAUCUGAGAAAACUAUAUAUACAAUUUCAACUUAGUUAACAGUUAUCUCAAAUGAAGAGUUAGUGCCUUAAUGUUUUAUUCUAUUUUACAGCAUGUGCUGGAUGUCAAUAAAUUUAAACAAUUAUUGAUUGUUUUAUCUCAGUAUAAAUGUUAUUUGGGCUAUUUUAUUGUUAAUGACUUGGCUAUCAAUGAUUGUUUUUUAAUUAUUUGUU